AGAAAUGGCAACUGAACAUUUUGGUAUAUUUUUUUGAUAUUACAGACGUAGAUUUAUACAUGUUCAGCACGCCUAAUUCAGUAUCUUCCCGAUUAGUCAUAAUUAUUCAAACUAUUGAAACAAGGAAGCUUUUCGAAUGGAACGGAAGAGCUUGUUGAAACUAUACUUGCAAGUUAUAUUUAAACCUACAAAUUUUCAAUUUUCAUCCCGAAGAAUUAUCAAAGCGUAGUACUCCGAGUUAAAAUUUGUGUGGAAUAGUUCGAUCUAUUUAGAUCACAUUUUCAACACAGAUGGAUGAACAAGUAGAUAUUUCGUGUCCAAUUUGUGCCUACCAAUUUUCCACCCCGGACAAAGUGCCCAAACUUCUGCCUUGUUACCACACGAUCUGUAGUCCCUGUAUCGACAGCAUCAUCGCCUCUACUCCACUCAACUCUGACUCCACCAUCAAGUGUCCUAUAUGCAGACAGGGCGCCAACAUUCCGAAAAAUGGAGUCGAAGGAUUUUUUGACAAUUUUUUUAGAUCCGCCCCACAGCAAGAGGAAACGUGUGAUAUAUGCGGUGCGCAAGAUACUCGCAAGCUAGAACAUUGUAAGGAGUGCUUUAGUUUACUCUGUGUGUCCUGUCGCGAUGCUCAUCAUCAUCAAAAAACGUCAAAGCACGAUGAAGUUGAAACUAGCGACAGCGAAGGUGAAGUCUCUCGCGAUUCCCUUUUUAUUCGAGAGACUGGAAAACAUUAUGUUAAUUCCGUCAGAACGGCUUUCUUCGGAUUUCACAGUACGACAUUCAAAUGUAGUAAUUUUGAAAGCAUUCGAAAGAUCAUUCCAAGCGAAGAGGGUGAAUGUUGGGUUUUAACGAACCGGCCAUAUGUUUCCAGAUUUUCAAAUAGUGGAAAAGAGACGUUCCGGAAAUACGUCGAAAGCGUUCCUCAGGAUAUAGCUCGCCACAGCAAUGGUGCUCUUGUGCUGGCCUUUCCCGACGGUAAAGUAAUGCUUCUUGACGGACAAGAUCUCAAAAAUGUCACAAUUACCGAAAAUAGUCCAUCUGCAGUAUGUGCAUAUCAAGAUGGUCGCCUGCUAAUAGCAACUCGACCUCACUCUGGAAACACCCAUCUCAGAAACUGUAGCCUACUGAUUACUGACCAGUCGAUGAAAAAUAUCCGUCCGUUGCAUGUAGAUGCUGAUCUUCGGGAAGUGUCAUCUAUCACAGUCAACGAGAAUAAUGGACAAAUAGCUCUUUGUGAAACCUCGAAAAAAUGCGUUUACCUGGUUUACAACAGCAGAAAAGGGCACAGGAGUCAAAGCGUUAAAGAAUACAGAGGCACCAAAAAUCUGUUACGAAUAGAACAAACCGAGGACAGCGUCACUUUUACGGAGAAUUCAUUUUUCCAACCUCGCUCUGUCUCAUGUGACGAAAACGAUAAUUUUUAUGUAUUAGACGCCGGUACUAACCUUAUCCACGUUCUCAACGACAAAGCUGAUUUGCAGGCCAUUGUGUUGGCAGAAGUUAAUGGCAACAUUUACUGUUUCAACGUUGAUUCAUAUGAAAAUCUUUGGAUUGGCGACAUGUCGGGGCAAAUUCGGGUUUUCAAAAUGGAACUGCGCAAUUUCUUGGACGAGAGUCAGCGGGGUUCCGGGAGUAUAAGGAUUCCUGCCGGCCUACUAGACGGUUCCCUUAUGGGAUCAAUCUCGUCAGAAGAUCUAGGCAGAAUGGGGUUGCAUAGAUUAUCUGAUGGUUUCAGGGACUUCCUCAGAUCGUCAACUUCAGAGGAACCUUCUAGAAUACAAGACAGUUUUACUAGGAACAUAUUUUGAUGGAAACCAAAUGCCCUGUGGUUUUCCAAAGAAAUAUGGAGGAUGGUUGCGAGUUAAAGCACCCAAUGCUUUGUGAUAUGUACUGUUCGUUCAGACCGUAGAUGCCAGCAACACUCGACAAGAAAUUCCAAGGGGGGGG